GUUAUGAAGACGAGGUAAAAUGUUCUGUCAUCGAUGGAGAUGAGCGAAAAGUUGUUGGAUUUCAUUUCGAAAACAGGAAAUGGUCUAAGAUGACGUUGUUCCAUCAUUGCCUGAGAGUGGUUGCCACGGUGAUGUGGCUGGGCGUUUCCUGGUCCAGUGGUGAGGAGAGCCCUCCCAUUCAUCACCUGGUGUUGUUGGACAACCUUCCACCUGAAUUCAACCACACCUCAAACCCAGAAAUCGUCAUCCGUUCAAACUACAGUGGACUUGUCCACUUUAAGGAAUCUGAUGAUUUUAAAGUCUUGCUGAAUAUCACAGCGCCCUCUAUUGACAAAGCCUAUGCUGUACACUCACAGAUGGUUGCCGACAAGGGGAGACUACUCAUUCAAGUGUAUGAAGAACCUUCUGCAGGACAUCCCAUAAGUCUCGGGUGGAUAUUCCUCCUGGUUGGUAUAUCAGCCUGUAUUGUAGCCACAUUAGCUGUCCUGUAUGCCGUGUGGUGGUACUGCAGUAAAAAAUACAUUGACAUUGAACAAGACAACCUACGCCAUGGCAAUGUGAUGUAUCGUGCAAGGAACAGUAUGCACCUGUCCGCUACACAGGCGGAGGAAAUCAUGUUGUCGCGAGGCGAUGAUGACCAUGAUACUUUUCCAAAUGACGACCCACUGAGAGGAGUACCAGAACUUCCUGAACAGGAAGAAGCAGAAGCUAUGGAGAUGGAGGAAUUACAGGCCACAGAAAAGCAUGGGAUAGAUGGGGACAAUGAUGACUAUGAGAAAAGGGUUGCUAAGAAACGACUACAGGCCCAAGCUAGAAAGCUACACAAAGAUUAUUACAAGAAAGAAAUAAUCCGACGUAAGAGACAUCCCUCUCUUAACGACCCACCAUCUUAUGAUGCUGUGAUGGAGUAUCCAAAUGAAUCAAGCGACGAGUCUGAUGAAUCACCAGAACAUGAUACCAGUAACCGACGGUUACUGCCAACUAUAGAGGGUUCUGAUACAUCUCUUGGUGACAGAACUUACCAAAAUGUUUACAGGGAUGGUGCCAUCACCACAUUCCGAACAUUAGACACACACAUUCCCGUGGCACAUUCAGACGGUGACCUUACUCUCGCGAACUUGGCUACUCGUAGAGGGCGCCACUUGCCUCGACUUGCUAAGGGCAUGGUAACUCCUCCAGUUGCUAUGUCAGAGGAGUUAGCUCAUGGACCGUCUUUCCCUAACACUGCUAUUGUUGCGGCAGCUGCUGCUAGUAAAGACAGUAAAGAGACAGUGGUUAUCCGUGAGGAUAGCAAUGCUUCUCCUUUCAGGGUAACAGCUGUUGUACACCAAACUACACCACAGUCUCCAGAACAUGCUGGGUCAAGACCAGGCAGUACAACUGGAUCUCGACCAGGUAGUGUUACGGGGUCAAGGCCUGGGAGUGGUAAAGGGUCACGACCUGGAAGUAGCACAGGUUCACGGGUUGGCAGUAACUCCCAGCUCAGGCCAGCUUAUGCAACAAUUAAUCAAAACCAUCCUGUGUCUACCAUGGAUUCGGGGAUCUACACAUUGGAGAAAAACCCAAUGGACAUUCCAUUGACUAGCUUCAAGAGCCGAGGACCUCCUCCACCGAUUCCUGUCAAACCCCCAGUUCUACCAACAAUCAGGAAUACACCAGGUGCUAGAAGCCCUCAAACAUCAGAACCACAGGACUUCUACCAAUAUGGGAAAUUGGAGAACUCCGGCAACCCUUAUCCCCCAUCAUUAAUGACAUCAGAUAGUGUCACAAGCCCAGGUGGUCAUCGCAUUAGUGAAAGUUUAACAAGCCCAGGAGGUCACCGUUUUAGUUUGAUGAGUGAGAAAACGUUUUCUCUUUAUGGUAGCAGUGAGAUUUUUGACUCUAAUCAACAACAGCGUGACAAAGACUUUGACCAGGAAGACAGUGAAUCGGAUAUUGAGGUUGAAAUUCCACCACUUGGAGACUCCGAUGCCGAUAUUUUAUCUGAUGCAAGUCUGCCCCUUCCAAGUCCUCCAGCCUUUAUCAGACCACAUGGGGCCAAUUACACAUUUGAUGGAAGUCCAAUUAGUCCUGCAGCCAGGAAGUUCCUGUAUGGAGACAGUCUUCAUGGUAUUUCAGCCAUGUCUCCCGGAUUGGACGACUGGGAUGACAUGAGAGGUGGUCGACUGAUAGCAGCCACUGCCUCGCCUACCAAUACACUGGACAAGCACUUUGUGUUCCCUCCUCCACAGCAGUCCCAAGACUCUGGGAUGUCGGAUGGACCAGAUAUGUCCAGCUUUAAUGACAAUAACGGCACCUCCACACCCCCACCUCUCCCUCCACCAAAUCCGGUACAGAGAAGUAUUUCCGAUAUACAAGGUAACCACAUCAGUCUUCAAACCCCACCAAGGAAGACAUAUCACUCCCCACAUCGGUAUUCCAGUACAAGAGAGGAAGCGCGGUCGCCCCACCAUCUUCAUCCCGAGGGACGGGAGUAUGCAGAACAGAACGGCCACAGAGAACGACAGCGUCAGCUCUCUGGAGGAAAACCUGGCAGAGGAAGAGGUGGAAGGCCUUUAUUAGGACCAAAAGUCUUACAUCUGACUAUCCUAUCAACGUUCUGUAUCUUGAGUUUGGCAAGUGGAGUCUAUGCAAAAAUGGCGAAGCCCGAAACUGAAGUGUAUAUGACUGUGUAUGCUCCCCGAGACUUUUUGGCUGCCCAUCGUAUCAACGUCUUCUUCAAUCAGGACAAGAAAGCUGACAUUGAAGCAUCCCCAUUUGAUGUUCAGCCUUAUGUUGCCUCGGAUCCAAUUCUGUGGCGCAUGAACUCUUCCUUGUGUAAGAGAAACAAAUGUGCCCAGGGAUGUGACGAGAACACCGGGCGCUGUAUUUGUAAGAAGGGUUACAAACUGGACAAGGAUGGAAUUUGUAAAGAUGUGAACGAGUGUCAUGAAAUGACCUUCCGAUGUCACAAGGAUGCUGGUUGUCUGAACAGUAAAGGAUCAUACGAUUGUCGCUGCAGCUUCCCUUUCUUUGGUGAUGGAAAAUAUUGUGAAGAAUGUACUAAGGGCUGUCCAGAAAACAUGUGGGAGGUACAAGGCUGCACAAACAAGCAGCCCAAGAUCUGCCGAGCCUGCACAAAAGUGUGUGUCGAUGGCUUCUACUUGCUGAGUGCCUGCCACACAAACAAUGACAUCAGCUGUAGGAUGUGUCACCAGAAGUGUACAGGAGGUAGUUAUGAAUACAAGCAGUGUACAAGGAGACAAAAUCGAGAGUGUCGAGAUCGAUCAGAGUUGCAGAGGCCAUUGACAAGUGAAAAUGUUGUAUAUGAGAACCAAUUGGAAGUCACAGAUGAGGAGGCCAAAAUGCCUUACACACCAUCUGAUUUCUCCGAAGUACGCAGAUUUACGUUUCACAGAGGAUCAGGAUUCUAUAUCAAAGUGGCCAUCAAACAACUUAAUCCAACCUUUGUGUUUGAACCUGUGGAUCAUGCUGACAACAAUGACCUUAGGUCAUUUCCAGGGCAACCAAUGAUCACUCGCCAGUAUUGUCCAUAUCCUGUCCCAGCACAUUAUGAACUCUUUUAUCUCAAGCACCAGAACCAGAAAUACAGAACAUACAUGACAAAGACUGGCACUGUCAUAGAACCAUGUGAUACAUACAUGAGACACGGCACAUACCCUGACCUCAGUCACACAGAUUCGGGGUCCAUCCUGUGUUCAGAGCCAGGCCCUGUCAGCAGUGUGUAUGCUAUCCAACGAGAAUUCGGCACUAGCAAAGACACUUGGGUGGAAAAAUCUUUGAGAUGCCAUAAUGAGAAUGAGGCAUGUCUGAACUGCACCUUACUGUGUACACGUCACAUGAUGAAGGACCAGGGCCAGUGUGGUGUGCGAGAAUCAGACGGUGAUGGGGGCUCACCGCGGUUACCAACAUGUUUUGCCUGCUGUAUACAACAGAAUUGUACAGACAUUUGUAGGGAUUACCACGAUAGGGGAUGUCAGACAGUCAGAUGUCAAGAAGGAAAUCUGAUUGAAUUCCGUCUUCGACCAGUUUACAACAACGGAGAAGACUACCUAUGUCAUGUGACUCCAGUAACCAAUCAAAAGUUGAUCGAGUUGGAAUAUACCAUCAUGCAUUUCCACAAGGAGUUGAUGCGUAAAAAUAUCAGUAUCUAUGGUAACAAUGAAUGGAUGACAACAGGCAAGACAGACCACAGGGACAAAAUUAUCACAAUACAAAUUGACUCAAAGCUUGGCAAGAUGCCAAAUUUUAUCCAAGGAACACCAAGCACUGGUACAAUGAAAGUUGGUGUGUACAAAGAGGAAGGGUCGAAGGUCAAAUAUGCCCACAUCACUGGAUCGUCUGCCCUAGCAAGACCAGUGUGGCCCUUCAAAGUGACAUCCUCAAUAUUCGGGAGUAAGUCAUGUGAAGAUGAGGCUCUAGAUGACCUUGUCCUAGCAACGGGGUCAGAAGACCCAUACGACCCAAUUCCAGACCUUUUGGGAGUGUAUGUGGGUAAUAUGAGCUACAUCAUCACUAACUUUACCACACAUCCACGUGUUCGUAUCGCUGUCAACCAACACACGUCUGUCCUCAGCGUUCUCUACCCAAGCACUGAGCUUGUGUUCAGCGAUCUCUAUGGUAACAUAACCCAUAACUCCUCUCACUGGAUCGUAGAUGUGUAUGGAGCCAUCAAAACUUGUCCAGGUUUCCUAAGGUUGAACAUUUCAGAUGCAGACUAUUCCAGUGACCCACUGUUUCAGUACGAGCUUGGAAUCAAAUGCCCCAAAACGUUUAACAUCUCCUUCUUUAUUCCCAAUGGGGACAAGCCUUACUUUGAAAAAGAUUUUAUUGUGACAGUAAAGGAUCGACUUACUACCUACCAUCUUAACAUCUACAAGCCAAGGUCAAAGAUCACAGCACCACCAACUAAAGAGGUUAGUCGUGGGCAGCUGCUAAAAUUAUCGUCCACAGAGGACGUCACUCCGCCCCAUUUUUCCAUUCCCUUCAUCGCCUCUGUGUGUGGGGGCACACUUCUCCUUAUCUUCAUCGCCACCUUUGGUAUUUGUGUCAAAUUCAACCAGCCUCGUGUGGAUGUGCUGAGAUUCCGCUGGUGCCAUCUUGUCCUCAUGGUUGGCUACAUUGUGUUCCAGUUUGUGUUUGCUGUGCUGGCUUCUAUGACUGUGUUUGUUCUCAUCAUCAUGGCUGUUAAUAGUGACGCCACAGCCUUCCUUCAGAACUACCAGCAGCAGCGUUCAGUAAAGUCUGCCUACAGCCACCUGGAGCUUGACCACAUGGAACGCCACCUGGUAGCCGAGAUCGCACGUCAGAACCAACUUGCCAACAGUUCCAAAGCUAUGUGUGAACAACAAAUGCACAAAAUCACGGAUGAUUUUGCUAAGUUGAAGGUUGAAAUGGAGAGGGAGAUGAAGACAAGGAUGGAACAGGAAAAUUUAAACAAUCUCCUGGCUGACCAUACCCAACAGCUUUUACAGAGUUUUACCAACACUUUGGCUAUCUUCAGUUACCGGUACAAUAAUUACCUCAAAUACACGAGGCAGGUCUUCUCCUCAGAUAUCCGUGACACAUAUGACAGUGUGGAAAAGAAUAAAUGGCUCUCUGGAGCUAACUUCCUGCGACGUAAAGUUAAGAUUCUACGGGACAUGAUGAACCUACCAACUAAACCAUUCAUUGAUUGGAUGGGCUUAAAGAAUGACCUCUUACACACAACAACUGACACUCCCAUACCUACUCCACAGUUACCAAGGUUCAGUAUGGCAGACACAGUAAUGGGUGGCAACAGGGACCAAUCUCAAAGAUUACCCUUAACAAUCAAAACAUCCACAGAGAAAACGUUGGAGAGUCACAACUACUGGAUAUACAAUAACCAACCUCAAGGCUACAACAAGCCUCUUUAUGAACAAAACGGGACAGAGACCCAGACUGGUGGUCAGAAGAAGUCUAGUUAUAGUGGCUAUUUUGUGUUUUUUGGUGUGAUGCUGUGUAUAGACUUAGUGUGGUUUCUACAUCGUAUGCUAAAGGCUUUAGGUGUCAGCCAACUCCUGUUGUUUGGCUAUCCUAUAUACCUCGACAUCCGUGACAAAACAGCACGAUCUCGUCACCCUAGUGAAAGUGAAGCAUAUAUGAAAAAGAGAAAAAAAUGGUUUAAACAAGGACUUUUCCAUACUAUGAAGGAAUUCUUCUUUAAAAUACUGUCAAGUAUGUUUAUCCCAAAAGUGAUAGCAGCAGUGCUGGUUUGUCUUAUCAUGUAUGUGUUAUCCGUGGCAACCUUUCACUUUGUCAACAGAGAAACAUUUAGUUACCUAGGAUACUACAACAACAUUGAUGACCUUCUGAAAAUGAACGAAGCCUUCAUCAACAAUCGGAUAAAAGCCCAUGCCAUGCGUAUCAAUAUGAUGGAGUACCCAACCUACCAAGAGUUGGUAAACUUACAUAUACAGCGUCACCAUUACGUGUAUAAGAUGGUAGAGAGACAAUGGCAGGUCCUUGGUGAUGCUCACGGACAGCUCUACUGUAAAUAUCUCCAGCAACUAGACCUCAAGGCUAAAUGUAAUAAGCCACUGGGCACCAGAUUCAAUGAUAUACAAAUAUCAGCUUGUCACUUCCAGCAGGUGGAACCAGAGUUGUAUGAAGGACAUUCUGGUCCGGAGUCGACAGUGGCUGAGGUUCAGAUGGAUGCCUUCCUGAGAAGUAUCCGACAAAUGAUAUCUGAUACCAGUUAUAUUGUCCUCAUCUAUCUGUCUGUUAUCAUUGUCAAGGAGCUGCUUGGCACAGUCAUCUGGCUUUAUAUGAAACGGUCCGGUUUAAUGAACUUACGUAUUAUAUAUGAAGCUGACGAGCCUCCACCGCCUGCUUCUAGGACAACAUAAAAAGUUGGAUGUUGAAGUUAUCUGUCGAAAUAAUUCUGGAGAAAAAAGUUAUAAAAUUGAGAUAAUACUUCUGAUUGAUGUAAUGUUCAUAUUCUUUCCAUCAGAAGUGUGCGAGAAACAGAAUGGUCUUUUGAUGGCAAACUGUGGUAUAGUGUUGUUAAUGUUACUGAUUUAUGAAGGUCACAGGAUUAAUCAGGUCAAGGUCAACACCUGAUUAAGUUUACGAGGUAACUGACAUUGGUUUUAGAGGUUAAGAUGACUUCAUAAUUAUCAGUGUUAAGUGUGAUUUGAUUAAUUCUGCUCUUGAUGUUGAAGGAUACUUUUUGUUGUCUGUUUAUUAGUGGAUAUCAUAGAUGUUUAUGAUGCUAUAAGCAUUGUAGUUAGCUUUACUGAUGAAUCAGUUACCAUGAAUCUCAUUGUAUGAUAUCUUACAGAAAGCAUUUUGUGAUAAUUACCCAACUUUGUGGAGUGUUUGAACUUCAUCAUGCCUCUACGUAGAUAGAAAUAGAUUGUUAUUAAGUGCUACUUUGGUGUUGCUUUGUUCUCUACAGGGGAGACAAGUCAUACUGAUCAUAAUAUGGAGGAACAAACAUAAGACAAUUACUGUAAGUGUGUUAGCUAUUUUUAUCAUGAUGCCGUUUCCAUGGUAAAGGUUUUGUUUACCUUUUAGCUGUUGUUGAAUUUCUUAUGGUUUUUAUCAACAGUAAAUUAAAGACAUUUCCUCUGCGAUGUGAAAAAGAAAAAAUCAAUAUUGAUAAUAUUGAUCAUGUGUUCAAGUGUAUACUUCAUUUGUUAUAUUUACUUGAACAAGAGUUGUCUCCCAUCACAGUGUUACUUCUCUCAAGAAAAGCAUUAUGAGUUUUGAAGAGUAAAGAUGAAAUCCUAAUGUCAUUAUAUAUACCAUUGAAGGCAUUGAGCUUCUGACAAUUGACUUUACAGGAGCUCUGGAUGGGCAGUGAAGUGAUGAAAAUGUCAUAAUACUUUCAUAAUCAUAUAAUAACCAAGUGUGUUUGUUGUAAAUGGAAGUUUAGAAUGUGUGUAUUAUGGUAUUGUAUGAAAGGAAUGGUUUUAAAUGGUUGUCUGCAAUAUUGAUAUAAAAUAUUAAAUUUAUAUAUUUCAUGUUUCUUAAUAAAUAUAUCUAGUCCAAAAAUAUUUCACAUAUAUAUGAUUAUAUAAUGUACAUUUAUUUUAAAAGAUUUUAUUGUGCCCAUGUUAGAAUGCAUUUUUACAUCCCUUGUUGAACUAGCAUAGACUAGCUGUCCAUUUGUUAUGGACUGGUUUACUAUGCUAAAUAGGGGCGACAGGUUCUGCUGCAUUAUGUGCUAACCAUAUUGAUCUCAUUAUAAUAACCUAAGAAGAGUUGUCUUUCUUUGUAAAUGUAACCUGUAUUAUGAUUUCAAAAAAACUUCUCCUCAAAGCUAUUACCCAAAGGAAUAUGUUUAUAUAACAUUUCUCAGAAAGAUUUUCUGACCCUGUAAAAGAGUACAGUAUAUGAACCUUGUAUUUGUAAUGUAUUUAACCCUAUAUGGUUUCACCAAAAUUUUCACUGUUUCCUCUUCCAUCCCAGAUAAGAUUUCCACAGAGGAACAUUGACACUGGUAGCUUUGGCUGUUAGUGUUUUCAGAAAAUCACAUCUCAAAGUAUUCUGUACCUCUAUGUGUUUUUACUGUUCUGCAGGAGAAAUAAGUUUUUUGGGAAUUAAAGUAUCAGAAUGAGAAUAUCUCUUUACUGAGAAAAUUACAUGUAAUUGUUAAAACUGAAAUUGUAGGUUAUGUAGGAAUUCCUCAUUAACUAUGAGAUAUAACUGGAUUUGACCAGUGAAUCACCCAUCCCAUGUUCUCUGUAUUGUGAUACAAUUUUUGAGGAAACAGCAUCAUAAUUUUUUUGUUCCUAAAUACAUAUAUAAAGUUUCACUAGUGCUCCAUGUUAGUGCUGAAAUUUUCAAAUAGAAAUGUUAAAUUUUACCCUAAGUUGAGAAAAAAGAAAAAAAUGAAAAAGAGUUGGUUCUUGAAAACUCAUCUUGAUACCCAGUAUUUAGGUGAUUUGGGGUCAUGAUAGCUGAAAACAGUUAGAAUGUUGGCCUGUGUAACCUCAGGUGAAAUCCCAGGUACGUGGUUCAAUGCCCCAUACCUAUGGCACUUUGUUUCUCAAGAAACUGAUAAACAAACUGGUCUAAGCUGUCACAUGAUUGAGUCCUUGUGCACAACACUACCUUGAUUGCUCUACAUGACCUGGGAUUGGCCUUCUGUAUGUUGUUCAUUGAGAAUCUACCAGUUACAACAAAAUGACCCAGCCUUUUCACAGGUCAAUGAAUAGAGCAAACAAACAAUUAAACCUACUUUUAAUUUUUCAGUAUUUGGUGAAAGUUUUUUAUUUUGGACAUUUUGUAAGAAACUUAAUACCUAAAAUCAGUUAAAAUUCCUUUAAAUUAAAAACAACAUUAGCUUUGUCUGUGUGUUCAGUUUGAAAUGACAUCAGAGUUUUAAUCCAAAGACGUCACUGUCAUUAUGCAGUGAUCUUCAAGGGGGUGAUAUUGUGUAGAAAUCUGAAGAAUUGCAGCCCAUUAGUGUUGGAGAGAUGUAACUGAGAAAUGCUCCUUUGUAGAUAUAUGCAGUGAAACUGACAUGGAAAGACCAAAUAAAAUAUAAGAAAACCA